AUGAUCAACAAAUUUGAAAAGUGUCAGUAUCAGAUUUGGUAUCGUUCAACCCUACUAACAAAAAGUAACAAUUGUGCUGCAGAUAAAAAAUGCCCUGAUGGCUGGACUCAGCUGAACAAUCAUUGUUACGUCUACCAAAGUGAUAACAGGACGUUUGUAGAUGCAGAGCAAGCGUGCAAUGAUCUCGGUGGGAAUCUGGCGUCCAUCUGCGACGACCUGGCGAAUACGCUGGUCACUCAAGUGAUUCUGGAGGCGGGAGGCCUGGGUUCACUCACCUGGAUUGGACUCCAUGAGGCCUUCGAGGAGGGUGACUUUUUCUGGACUGAUGGAUCCAUCAGCGACUUCCGGAACUUUGCAACUGGUCAGCCUAACGACGACAGUGGGAAUGAAGAGUGCGUACAGAUUCAACCUUCAGAUGGGUUGUGGAGCGAUGCCGAUUGCACUGAUGAGAUCCCUUCUGUUUGCAUCAGAGAUAUCUGCUCUGACGUCCAAACACCUGUCAUGCUGCCGUAA